GGGAGUUACCAGAUUUUAGCGCCAAACUCAGAGUCAGCUCUCGCGAGAAGUGCCGUUUGGUGUCGUUGUUCUUCAGAAGCGCUUUCGUUUCUCCCACAUAGAAACCGCUGAUCAUCAGAUCUGGUCAUCUCGCAGGUGGUUGUAAACCGUAUUUAGAGGAAUCAUGGAGGAAUCGCAAGCCAAGCUUUUCCUGGAGGGAAACCGAAGUGCGGUGGUAAAUGGUGUGCGAGAAGUCAAACGCUUGGUUGAUUUUCUGAUGGAGAAGAAAUAUUUACGUGGAGAAAUGCCAAACGAAAUUCUCAGCCAGAAAACCAAGCAAGAUCAGAUGCGUGAACUUUAUAAACAUCUCAACACCAACACAGGGUUCAAGUUGACACUGGAAUGGUUGAGAGAAAAUGAGCCUGAUUUGAUUAAAGAUUUGGAAAAGAACAGUGAUACAGACCAUGCAGGACCAGAAAGGAAGAGGCCCAGAAGCUCUGAAAAAGCUAUGGAUGAAAUAGACAGUGACCCCAAUAUGCCAAAUCUCCGGUGUUUGUCCACCUUGCACAAAUUGGAAAAGUGGGUCUCUGCUUCUGAAAACAGCCAAAACCUGAUUGGUAUGUUGAAUAGCAAACUUGCAGAGGGUGAAAUGGACACUCUGGAAAAACAGUUAAUGAAUAAGAAACUAAAAAAGGGACUGUGUUUCAGUGCUAAAGAUAUUAAGGACAUUUACAGUAACCAAAAGCUUCUGUCAUAUUUUGAUACCAACAAGGAUGCCAAAUUCCCUGAUCUUCCACUGAAGUUAUUUUUUGGAAAGGAUGGAGGCCUUGCCUCAGCAAGAGAUGAUGAUGAUGAUGAUCAUGGUGAUGAUCAUGAUGAUGAUGUCGUUACAGACAGUGCAUAUGGAUCUUCAUACAGUGCAAGUUACAGUAGUAGCAACUCACUUUUCAGCAAACAUUUGUCACAAAGUGAGGAUCAGUUACAAUCUGAUGACCUCGCUACUACCUGUGAAAGCAUAGAUCUCAGACAUGCCUUGCAUAAUGUGAAAAAAACAACUGACAGCAAACCCCAAAAUACUAGCAUGUCUCCCGAAGAAACACUUUCAAAGCAACACCAAAUCCACCAUGCUGCCCAGGGCCAAUGUACCACACACACCCAAAUACAGCAAACUCCAAACACACAGGUUGUCCAAGAGGUACUCAAAAUUGAUACAUUUACAACAGAGCCAUUUCAGCCCAACACUCUGAAUGUAGCAGGAGAUUAUCUGAUACAGAGGGAGGGUCCCCAGAUGAAUCAUGAUCCUGAUCCCUAUGUAAAGUUUAAGGUCACAGACAUGCCAUCACAAAAAGAAUGUAGGGCAAUCGUUUUUUCAAAGCAAAGACAAGAGCUCCCAGAUGCCCAUUGUCAAAAUGGAUCACUUGUCCAAAUGCAACAUGCAGACAGAGAUGGUACACUGUUAGAAGAACUCAUGGACACACAGGUCAUGCAUGAUGAGCCAAACACACAGUCUGCCAGAAAGAUGCUCACUGGUAAACCAGGUGAAGGGCCCUUACCGUUUACCUCUCUGCAAGUGGCCGCAGAUGGUCCAGUGCCGAGUGAGGGCCCAUGGGCUGAUGGAGAUAUGGCUCAACUAGACAAACCUUUGAACCUGCAGGAGAGUGAACCAAACCAGCAGCGUGAUCCAGAAAUGGCCAACAGUGAACCCCUUGUAGGGAAUGACUGUGUAGGUGUGGUAGUUGACAGUGUAAUGCAAGGUGGAGUUCAACGAAUGCACUGUGAUCCUGAUCCAUUUACAGAGUGUGAGGGCACUGGCAUGGCAUACCAAAAGGAAUGUAGGGGUUUUGAUAUUUUAAAGCAAAAACAAGAGCUUCCUGAUGCUCAUUGUCAGAAUGGAUCACUUGUCCAAAUGCAACAUGCAGACAAAGAUGGUACACCGUUAGAAGAACCCAUGGACACAAAGGAAAUGCUGAAUGAACCAAGCAUACAGUCUAACAAAGAGAUGCUCUUUGGCAAGCCAUGUGCACCAGAGCCAUUACUGUGCACCUCUAUGCAAGGGGCCCCAGACGAUCCAGUACAGACCGAGGGCCCAGAAGGUCCCCAGGAGGAGAGUAGUUCUCAAACCAUAACCACACAUUCUGACAAGACAAAUAUGCCCUCUCAAAAGUCAAGUUUUCCAAAGCAAACCAGAGAUUUCAAUGAUGCUUUGAGGCCUGAUGGAGAUGAUCCACUACUAGACAAGAAUGAAGCAAACAUUAAGUUUGCAAAAAUGGCCAACAACGAGUCAUAUGUUUCAGACCCUGGCUGUCUGGGUGUGGCAGCAUACAGUCUAAUGCAAAGCAAAGGCCCACAUAUAGAUCCCAAGGAGGGGAGUGAAGCUGGUGCCUUAAUACAGAAUAAAGAUACUGAGGUACCACCUCAGGACCAAACUGUGGAUGCUUCCCAUACUCUUCAGGGGCAAGAUGGGAAUCGUACAGGAUUGAUGUGCAUUUCUGAGGCAGGACCUUCAUACAGAAAUUCUGCAGGUUUUACUUUAGAAAUGCCUGAUCAGAAAAUGUCAUAUGGUGCGCAAGCCAGGUUCUGUAGUACACCAUUAAACGAUUCAGUAAACACAGCACCAAAAUUUCAAAGAAGAAAACAGCAAAACAAAAGAAAGCUUAACAAAACAAAACAAAAUGACAGACUGCUGUAUGAGUGGGCAAAGAAAAAGUGCCCCAAGGGCAGUGAUGAAGAAGUAAAUAAGGUGUUCGAGUGCAUUUCAUUUGAAAACCAUGUAGAACACAGUGAGUACCCAUGUUUCAUUACAGAGAACGUCAUGGUGUAUGAGGACCCUCAAACCAGAGAAAGACAGAUCAUUAUCACUGAUGAUAAAAAUUGCGCCGCCAAGAAAAACCUCCCAAAGGAGAUAAAAAUUUUGCUCACCUAUCAGAUGUGGGUGUGUGGUAUUCCGAAAGCGCUACUCAUCAAUCAGAAGGAACGAGAGGUUCAGUUUGACCUGCAGUUUUUGGAAAGGAUUAAAAACUGUUGUGAAAAGUUUGUUUUUGAAGCCCUGGCUCCCGCUCUAGCAGUGUUCAAGAACCUGCAGAGACGAGAGAGAUUAUACUCUCUCAUCAAAAAUCACUAAAGAUUCUUACACGGUCCACCUAGAGAACCAGUACACCUCAGAGAUUUCGGCCCUUUAGCUGUUCACUAAUGGUUCCGUCAUCUUUGACAGAAUUUUAAGGACUUGUGGUUUUCAGAGGUACAAAACUGUACGAGUAGUCCAUAAAACAUUUCACCCCUUCAUUGUUUUACAACUUUGGUUUUACAUGUUUACUUUUAAUGUUUUGCCUAGAUGGUCCGCAUCAAGAAAUUUAUGAUGUCAUUGUAAUUGCUGGUCAAAGCUAAUUAGGUUGUAAAGAGCAAGGAGAUGCAAUUUGAGACCAAGCUAACGUUAGUUAGCUUGAUUACAGGUCUGAAAAAUAAACUUGUGUCCAUAAUUUCUCAUUAAGCGUGGUUGGUUAGUGUAGUGGGUAACACCU